AUGGCUUCAGUUAUACUAGGAAUCCUUCUAGUACUCGUUCCACUUCCCCUUUCCGCCGAAGCUCAGAUCCGCGGCAACUUGACCUUGGGCUCCUUGUUGACGGCGAACGACCAGAACUCUUCCUGGCUGUCGCCGUUGGGCGAGUUUGCCUUCGGGUUCCGGAGAAUGGGAACAGGAGCUCAUUUGUUGGCUAUAUGGUUCGAGAAGAUAGAGGACAAGACCAUCGUCUGGUCGGCGAAUGGCGAUAAUCUAGCGCCCGAAGGUUCGAAAGUCCAGUUGACCGCCAACGGCGGGCUGGUGCUUACCGACCCAAGAGAGAGAGCUGUGGUCUUCUGGCCUGAACGGCAAUGGCUUAGCCAGUUAGAUCUUGGGGCUAAUGUUAAAGCUCGCUAUUCCGAAAUGAAUUACUCCACCGGGAGAUUCCUCUUCGCACUGCAAACCGACGGAAAUCUCGUGCUCUAUGCCACUCCUACCCCGCUGGUGGUCUCAGAUGCAUACUGGGCCACCAACACCAUCACCGCUGGCCGUAUGGGCUUCCGGUUGAUAUUCAAUCAAAGUGGUCAGGUCUACGUCACGGACAGGAAUGGAACAAUACUCAACACCAUCACCGCAGAACUAGUUCCAACAAGCGGAUAUUACCAAAGAGCGAUCCUUGAAUACGACGGGGUAUUUAGGCAAUAUAUCCACCCUAAGACGGCAAAUUCAAGUUCUGGCCGGCUUAUUGGCUGGUCGAGGGUCUCUGCCCCAGUCCCACAAAAUUUAUGCACGAGCAUCGCCCAACAGAUUGGCAGUGGAGCUUGUGGCUUCAACAGCUACUGUACUCUUGGAGAUGAUCUGAGGCCUCGAUGCCAAUGCCCACCUGGAUAUACUCUGUUAGAUUCAACGAACAAGAUGAACGGAUGCAUACAGGCCUUCGCACCACAGAAUUGUAAUGGAAGUAGGCGUGAAACAGACCAAUUCGAUUUGCUUGAAAUGCCCAAUACAAACUGGCCAGAGUCUGAUUACGAGCGUAGCGUGGCACAAACCGAGGACUGGUGCAGAGAGGCUUGCUUGGCUGAUUGUUUUUGCGCAGUCGCCAUUUUCGGCGAUGGAAUUUGCUGGAAAAAGAAGAUCCCUCUUUCAAAUGGAAGGAAGGAUUCAUCGGAGGCUGGAACUAAAGCUCUGAUCAAGGUCAGGAUACAUAACAGGACUUCAAAAUCUCUUUAG